AUGGCAGCAUCCCCAUUGGAUUUGAAGGAAAUCCAUGAUUUCUUGAUUUCACUGGCGUUGAAAGCCGGAGAUAUCAUCACCAAUGCCCUUCCUGAUACCGGUGGUACGGGCUCGAAGAAGAACAGUGCCGACCUUGUCACCGAAUAUGAUCGCGCAGUCGAGAAUAUGAUUUCUACCUCUUUGAGGGAGAAAUACCCCCAUUACGAGUACGUUUGUGAGGUGGGUUCAUCGACUCCAGAGAUACUGAUGUGUGUUUUCCCCCAUCAAUCCAGAUUCCAUGGCGAAGAAAGCUAUGAUCCCACACGUCCCUUGACCGACGCCCCUACAUUCGUGGUUGACCCAAUUGAUGGAACGGUCAACUUUGUGCAUAGCUUCCCCUUUGCCUGCGUCUCUCUCGGCUUUGCUGUGGAUCGAGUGCCGACGGUCGGAGUGGUUUAUAACCCCUUUACCCAGAAUCUGUAUUCCGCCAUCCGCGGCCAGGGUGCCUUCCUCAAUCGCCAAACCCGUCUUCCCCUCAAGGGAGACAACGUUGAACCAUUGUCGGGGUUAGGCAAUGCCCUGAUUGGCGUAGAAUGGGGCUCGGAUCGCAGUGGGAACAACUGGGAGACCAAACUGCGGACGUUGGAAAGACUGGGCCAAUCCAAAGAGAAUGGUGGAGCAAUGGUCCGCUCGAUGCGGAGUUUGGGGUCUGCUGCGCUCAACCUGUGCGCCGUGGCAGAUGGGACACUGGACUUGUAUUGGGAAGGUGGAUGUUGGGCGUGGGAUGUCUGCGCGGGUUGGGUGAUCCUGACCGAGGCAGGGGGGAUUGUGGUGGACGGGAACCCAGGAGGCUGGGAGACUUGCUUGGAUGGACGGAAGUACCUGGCCGUGCGAGCAGCCCCGGAUCAACGGGGUCAACGGGAGAUCGUGGAGGAGUUCUGGGGCCAUAUGCAAGGCAUGCUAGAGUACUAG